UUAAAAAUCAUACAAACACACAUUCAUAAAGUAGGGAGAAAGGGCUAAAAUCAAUUCAGGGAGCUUAUUGCGAUGGAAGAGCAAGAGAUGCCUUGCGAUGGGAGGAAACGAGAAUUGGCAGAGGAAGAUGAAGAAGAAGUUGACGAUUCAAAUGAUUCCGGCAAAAGCCACUACGCCUACGACUCGGAUGAUUCUGAUUUUGAGCUUAUUGACGGUACCAAGGUGGACCCCAAGGUCUGGGAUCAGUAUUACAAGGAAUUGGAUGAAAGCGAGGGUUUUGAUAUCACUGUCUACCCGGGUGCUUCAUUUAACUCCUCAAUUGUGCCACUAAAGAGUUACCUGACCGAUCCAAACAAAAAACAGAAAUACACUGAUCUGUGCGGCUUGGCAAUUGGAGAUUUCAAUUCACAGAGUGCUAAAAAGUAUGAGUUCGUGGAAAUUGUGACGGUAAACGCAUCAUUUGCUGCUGGGAUGUGAUUUUAUUUCACCUUUCAAGCCAGGGAUACUGAUGAUACAAUAAAGAUCUUUCAAGCAUUGGUGUGGGACGAAAUUGGUGGAACCCCAAGUGUGGAAUUUUGCAGGCUUAAGAAAGGUUAACUUUGUGGACUCUGCAUUUUCUAUCAGGUUGUAUACAAACUUAUGGUUUCUGUUUUUUUUUGCUAAUCUUACAUUGAAGUACUUUCUUUAAGUUUCAUAUUUUCAAACAAGUCAUUUCCUGACGAAUAGGACUUCUUAUUGUAUUACACAGCUAAGAGCAGUUAAUUCAUUGAGCGAUUGAUUUGUUUUUUUUAUAAGGUAAAUUGUAUUGAUCAAAAGGGUGAAAAAACUCCCGUAUACAAGAAGUAUACCAAAAAGUAGAGAAUUUACAUCAGAACAUGAUUCUCUACAUAAGACGCCCAAUCUUCUACACAAGUAGGGACUAUAUGGGUGCACCAAAAAGCGAUCAAAGAUAAAAGACUAUUCUUAAGAUGUGAAAAAGGAGACUCAAUCCCUCAAAAACUCUCUUAUUUCUCUCUCCCCAAACUGUCCACAUGAGAGCUAACGGGGCGAACUUCCACGCCUUUUGCUUGCUUCUUCUACGGAAACCGGCCCAGCUAUAUAGCAUUUCCUUUACAGUGUUUGGCAUCACCCAUUGAACACCAAAAAGAUUCAAGAUUGCCCUCCACAAACUCGAGGACACUAUGCAAUGCAACAGAAGAUGAUCAACUUCUUCCCCUGAGCUUUUACACAUGUAGCACCAACUAACAAGCGUAAUUCCUCUCUUUCGCAGAUUUUCAGCUGUCAAGAUCACUCUCCUCGCCGCUAGCCAUGCAAAAAAGCACACCUUCGUGGGCGCCUUAGGAAUCCAUAUCGAGGAGUAUGGAAAAGUAGCUUCCUCUCUCUCACCAACAUACUCUGGUAAAAGGACUUUACGGUGAACAAACCAUCGCCACGCAACCCCCAUCUCCAAGAAUCGCAAGAUGGAUGGGGCUUGUCUUGCCCGUAUAGCAGUGCCAACAAAUUUUGGAGUUCCGCAAUCUCCCAAUCUUGCAUGUUCCUUCUAAAAGAGAGGUCUCAUACUACCCCCUUCAUGCUCCUUGCGAAUCUGUUGGACCAUCCAUUCUUUCUGGUUUGAAACUCUAAAGAAGUGGGGGAAAGAGACCCUCACAGUAUCCUCUCCACACCACCUGUGAUUCCAAAAGCUGAUUCUCCUUCCAUCUCCCACCCUGUAAGUGAUGUUGUCAUAGAAAGCUUCCCAGUUCUUCAUGAUGCUCCUCCACAUGCCACACCCGAACGGUGCUGUGAUUGCCUUGGUCCUCCAACCCCCUCCCGUGGAAUCGUACUUUUCUACUAUGACCUCCCUCCAUAGAGCAUACUCUUCUACCCCGAAUCUCCACAGCCACUUCCCUAUCAAAGCUCUGUUGAAUACCCAAAGAUCUUUUACUCCAAGUUCACCCCACUUCUUUGGGGAAAUGACUGUCUGCCAAUUCACUAGAUGAAACUUUCUAGUUCCAUCCACCGCAUCCCAAAGAAAAUUCUUUUGAAGCCGCUCAAGUUUUUCUGUGAUGCUCACAGGAGCUUGCAACAGAGACAAGUAAUAGGUAGGGAUACUCGACAAAGUGCUUUUGAUGAGCACUUCCUUACCGCCUUUUGACAAGUACCGUUUCUUCCAGCCUGCUAAUCUUUUUUCAACCCUUUCAAUCACUGGAUUCCAAACCGUAGUAUCCUUAUGCGAAGCGCCCAAUGGGAGACCCAGGUAAGUAGUGGGAAGAGAGCCCACCUUACAUCUGAGAACAUGAGACAAAACAUCAAUGUUAGCUACCUCACCCACCGAGAAAAUCUCACACUUGCCGAGGUUGAUUUUGAGUCCUGAUACUAUCUGAAACCACUGCAAGACCUGCUUCAGGCAGGUCAACUGGUCUAUAUCGGCAUCACAGAAAACCAGGGUGUCAUCCGCAAAAAGCAAAUGGGAGACUCUUCGGGCACUGAGCACCCCGAUCGGAGCUGAGAAUCCUCUCAAGAAACCUCUACCCGCCGCACGAUCCAUCAUUUUACUCAAAGCAUCCAUCACUAGAAUUAAUAGCAUGGGGGAUAGAGGGUCACCUUGCCUGAGACCCCUGGAGCUGCCAAAGAAACCACACGGGCUACCAUUAACCAGGAUAAAGAAUCUGAUUGAGGAAAUGCAGAACUUGAUCCAUCCCCUCCAUCUUUCCCCAAACCCCAUCCGCAUCAUAAUGAAAUCGAGGAACUCCCAAUUGACAUGGUCGAAAGCCUUCUCAAGAUCCAACUUGCACAGUAAGCCGGGUUCUUUAUUUUUCCUUCAGGAGUCUACAAGUUCAUUUUCCACCAAAGCAGCAUCCAGGAUCUGCCUACCUUCCACAAAUGCAUUCUGGGAGGACGAAAAAGAAACGUCAAGAACCUUCUUGAGUUUGUUGGAGAGCACUUUAGAAAUAAUCUUGUAAAUGCUCCCCACGAGACUGAUAGGCCUGUAGUCUCUGAUACAAGAUUCGCCUUCUUUCUUAGGCACAAUAGUAAUAAAAGAAGCAUUGAUACUUCUCUCGAGAACACCAUUCACGUGGAAGUAUUCAAUGGCUUCCAUCAACUCCCCCUUAAUGGUGUCCCAACAGAGCUGGAAGAAGGCCAAGGAUAAACCAUUAGGCCCGGGGGCCUUAUCACCAGCACAACUCGACACAUCCUCGUGCACCUCCUCCUCCUCGAAAACCCUUUCUAGCCACUCACUGUCUCCCUCCCCUAUGUGGUUGAACUCUAUUCCCCCAAAGUAGGCCUCCAACUAACUUGCUCUUUGUAUAAGUUCUCAUAAAACCCCACUAUCGCCCCUUUUACCUCCUCCUCUCCCUCACCCCAGGGAUCACCCCGUCCACAAUUAAGGACUCUAUGAAGUUUCUCCUUCGAUUUGCGACCGCAACCCUGUGGAAAAACUUGCUAUUCGAAUCGCCCUCGAUUUUUGCCGCCAACUAGUCUCCUGAGCUAUUGCUAACUCGAUUAUUUCCCUCUUAACCUCCCCCAAUCUUGCUUUCUCAGAUUCAUCUAGCUCCCUCGCCCCUUCCUCUCUCUCUAAUUCCCCCAAUUCAUACCUAAGCUCCCUCAUUUUAAUCUCUACCCUCCCAAAAACCUCCUUAUUCCACCUAAUAAUAUCUCCCUUGAGCAAUUUGAGUUUCUUCGAAAGACGGAAUGAAGGUGACACUGAUACCCCGUAGCUUGUCCACCAUUCUUUCACUUUGUCACCAAAUCCUGGCACUUUCAACCACAUGUUCUCGAAUUGGAAGGGAGCACGCACCCCCUCCCCCUGCAUCCAUCUAGAAAGAUAGGCAAAUGAUCCGAAGUCAGCCUAGGUAGAGGAAUCUGCAGCACAUUCGGCACCAGCUCAUCCCAGGAGGGCGAUAUCAGAAAUCUAUCAAGUCUAGACCUUGAGUUGGAAUCCUCCGCCCUGGCCCAAGUAAACCUUUCCCUUGACAGAGGAAGAUCAAUGAGAAAAUGAUCAUUGAUGAAGUCAGAAAACUACUCCAUGGCCCUCGAAAUCAGACUACACCAUAAUCUCUCCUCAGGGAAUCUAAUAGUGUUAAAGUCUCCCCCUAGAACCCAUGGAAUGUCUCAUUCCCCCAUAAUAUUGGCCAGUUCCUCCCUGAAAGACACAUUGGACCCUUCCCCUACCGGUCCGUACACUCCCCCAAAUCCCCACUCCACCUCACUCACUCUAUCUUUGACGAGAGCUGCUAAAGAAAAAAACUCCAUUCUUAAUCUCCUUUACCUCCAAAUUUCUAUCAUCUCACAUAAGAAGAAUGCCCCCGGCACUUCCCGCUGCUGAGACCCAGUCAUAUUUCACCCAACUACCUCUCCAGACACUUCUCACGAUUGCAU